CUGCUGAGCGAAUAGGGCGCACUGCGAUUAGACACGCCUCAUUCCAAUUUCUGGGCUCGACUUUAACAGCAAAAUCUUAUUGAGGUUGUUUAUAACGCGUCGAGUGUGCUUCCUGACAGUCACCAUGCCAAAAGGUUUCCUUAUAAAACGUUCUAAAAUGGCUGGUCCUGUUUCAUACAGGAUACGCGAGGAGGACUUGGCGCUGGACACCAACUGCUCUUCGCUGGUCGAGAAUGCCCCGGCUCAUGCACUGCCUUGCCACAACUUUAUCAGAGUUCCCAGCCGGGGUAUUUUCGGUGGAAUUCCAGAGUGUCACUGUGCGCCUUCACUGAGCCCGACCCGGCCUGACAGCGAGGGAUAUCAAUACACACCCGUGGACGCCGCUCAUCAAAUGCUAAGCUCUCUUUCUUCUGCUCCAGCAGAUACCUUCCCCGAGGCAAAUUUGGGAAGUUUCACCAUUGAUGGUUCCCCAGUGUCGUCGUCUCUUCAGGAGAUGACCACCAGACUGGACACCAUGUGCGGGAAUGCUAAAUAUGCAGCAGUGAAGCGGCCUGCCUCCUCCAACGCUAAAUCUCCCCAUACGAAUUAUAAAAAGCGCAAGUCCUCAAGCUCCCAAAACCAAGAGAAGAAGUCCAGCCUCCGGGAUCAGGUAACCACAUCUCCCGUCCUCGGAUUGCGUAUUACAGAGGAGGCAGAGGAUGAGGUGAAGCAACGGUCCAACACCAGCAUUCCGCUUGGAGAAUUCAUCUGUCAGCUUUGCAAGGAGCGGUACGCAGACCCUCUCACUUUGGCCUUCCACAAGUGCUCUCGCAUCGUCCGAAUCGAAUAUCGCUGCGACGAGUGUGACAAAGUGUUUAGUUGUCCCGCUAACCUGGCCUCCCACCGACGUUGGCACAAGCCAAAGGGUGUCCAAGUGGAGAGAGUCUCAUCACAGAGAGAGGAGAGCCGACCUGACACACCAACAGCCAGAGAGGCGCUCCCACCCUCCCCGCCACCCUCAGACUCGGGCUCUGAUGAAGAAAUGAUGUUCAGCUGCCCACAGUGCUCAAAGAAAUUCAGAAAACAAGCGUACCUGAGGAAACACUUGGCCUUGCACAAUAGGAAGGCAGCUAGUCAUCCUCAGAAUCAGUCUCAUUCGGCCAAAGUCUCCGACCAACAACCCAGCAGCCUGCUCGAGUCCCGCCCAGAAACACCCGAGCCCUCCUCCAAAUACGCAGGGACUGAGUGCAUUACAAAGGUGACAGGAGAGGUGUUUCCGUGUCGAUUUUGUAGUGAAAAUGUAUUCUCCUCUGGCCUCACCAGACACAUAAACAAAUAUCACCCAACGGAGAGCAGACAGGUCAUCGUUUUGUCUCAAACAAUUUAAUAACAUCAGACUGUUUGUUUCGGGCAUUAUGACUGAAUUCCAUGUUUGGACAGAGUUCUUGUAAACAACUGUGAAAUCAGAAAUAUUUAUCCUGAAUAGGCUAUAGUUUUGUGUAAAUUAGUUUUGUUUUCUACAAAGUUAUAUUUAUCUAUCUAUCUAAUCAAUUAUUUAUUUGAUAAGUAUUUAUUUGUUUAUUUAAUAAUGUAUGUGUUUGUUUAUUUAAUAAUGUGUGUUUGUUUAUUUAAUAAUGU